AUGUCCGGCCCAAACAACACCAACCCCCUCGAACGCGACAUCGCCCUCUACCUCGAAUCCAUCCUCGCGGACAUCAAACUCGCCAUCAACACCGGCGAAUGGGACCCCGUCCGGAGAUACAUCGCACCGGAAUUCACCUGCGAACCGGUCUUUCGGCCUUGCGCGACGGAUCAGGAUAUCAGUCAGGGCCUUUGUGAUUUGGAGGAGUAUAUCAAGAUGUGUCGGAGUGUGUUGCCGGCGAUGCAGACGGAGAUUGUGGAUGUGGUGACGGAUGUGGAUGUUAGGCAUGGGAGGGCGGCGAGUUUUACGACUUUUAGGACGGUUGGCGUACCCGAAGGCGUUGUAAGGCACAGUGUUGGACGCUUCCAGUGGAGGCGAAUACAAGGCGAAUGGAAACUGACGAGCCAUAUGAGCGCGAGGGGAAUGGAGGUCGAAUGA